GUUUAGAGGUGCAGGCGACAGGUGUGCACAGUUUACACCGACCGGAGAGCUCUCUCUGAUAGUUUCCAGGAUUAGUCCCAGAUAGCCACUGGAAUUUUCAACAAAAAUUAAGGUCUGAAGAUGGCUAAUUUUGGAGGACAUGCCAUUCCUGGUUCCUUCUUCUUGAUUUAUGGCUUUUGGCUAGUAGUGAAAUAUGUUUUAAAGCACUACUGGAGGACCAGUCAGCCUAAACGACAAAAGAGGAUGCCGCCUUUCUUUAAUAAGAUGAACUACUCUGAAGGGGGGCUGAAAAUCUUUGCUUCAUUUGUCGGUAUUAUGGUUGAGCAGUUUGUGGUAGAUGGGCCACACGCCCACCUCUACGACCAUGAGAGCAAUUCAUGGGUCAAGCUGAUGAACUGGCAGCACGGCACCAUGUACCUGUUCUUUGGGAUUUCUGGAAUAGCACUGGUCACCACCACAAAACUGAAGAUGGAGCGAGCAGGUGUUGACCGCCUUGCUCUCUCCAUAGCUCUCUUUGUUGAAGGGUUUUUGUUCUAUUACCAUGUGCACCAUCGGCCCCCACUGGAUGCUCACAUCCACACCCUGCUGCUAGUGGCCGUGUUCUGUGGAUCAGCCAGCAUCAUGUUGGAGAUAUUUAUAAAAGACAACGUUGUUUUGGAGCUGCUCGGGGCAUGCAUGUUCAUCCUGCAGGGCACGUGGUUUUACCAGAUUGGAUUUGUACUUUACCCCUUAAGUGGACCACAGUGGGACCUGGAGGAGCACAACAACAUCAUGUUCAUCACAAUGUGCUACUGCUGGCAUCUAGCUGUGGCCAUACUCUUAGUCACUUGCACUUCCGCUCUGGUUUGGCUGACUGUGGCACGAUACCCAGGAAAGGGACGGGACAUUGAGAUUGGAAUGCGAAUUACAUCCCCUGACCUAAGCUCUCAAAAAGGUUUGCUUGAGGAGUCAGAUGAAGAGUGAAGGCAUGUUUAUGGUGUUGAAAUCUCACAGGAAUUUGAUUUCCGUUUCUAUGUUGAUAAAGAAACUACUGCCUGUGUGUGAGACCAAAACUGCACCUUUGUACAGUACUGCUCUAGAUUUGUUUAUAAAAAAAAAGCUUACAAAUAUAGAUCUAUUUGUGUGUGUUUCGUUAUGAUCGUAUGCUAGUGUAUUUUACAAACACAUACGUCUAAAUUAUGACCAAAAGUGUAUUAUGUAUUAUGCGAGUGUAUGGCCUGUCGAAUGAAGUACACCUUGCACAUCUUGUAAAAGAACAAAUAAUAUAUUAAGUCAUAACACUGAAAUAAUUCAGUCCGUCUCACUGCACAUACAGAAACAUAUGAAAAUAGAUGUGACAAAGAGGACAAAGUAACUAGUCUUAUAAAGUCUAUCAGUCACGGAAGGAACAUGUACUUCAUGUCUGUAGAAUUGUCAUGGAAUCACUGCACCUCUUUGAUUAUAUUUAUGAUGCAUUUGGCCAUAACAAUGUGGACAAUAAAAUUUUGUUAAGGACUAAUGACAA